AUGACUUCCUCACAAUCUGUGGUCCCUCCGGGGGUGCUGAAUAGUAUCACAGAACACAUCGGAAACACCCCCCUCGUCCGGUUGAAUCGUCUUCCGCAGAGCUUCGGAAUUGAAGCGACGGUCUAUGCCAAACUGGAGUAUUUCAAUGCUGGCGGUAGUGUCAAGGAUCGUAUUGCCCUCCGCAUGAUUGAAGAGGCUGAAAAAUCGGGCCGAAUCAAACCUGGGGACACAUUGAUUGAGCCUACCAGUGGUAACACUGGUAUUGGUCUAGCGCUUGUUGCGGCAGUCAAGGGUUAUAAAACAAUCAUUACUUUACCAGAGAAAAUGUCCGCCGAGAAAGUCUCCGUGCUCCGCGCUCUCAAUGCCAACAUUAUCCGUACACCUACACAGGCUGCAUACGACUCUCCCGAAUCCCACAUCGGGGUUGCCAAACGCCUCGAAAAAGAACUUCCCAACGCCCAUAUUCUGGAUCAAUAUAGCAAUGAGAACAACCCAUUGGCUCAUGAACUUGGUACUGCGCAAGAGAUCUGGACCCAGACCGAAGGCAAAAUUACAGCCGUUGUCGCUGGUGCUGGCACCGGGGGUACCAUCACCGGUAUAUCCAAGGGCUUGAAGAAACAUAACUCCGCAGUGAAGGUUAUUGCUGCGGACCCGCAGGGUUCAAUUCUCGCACUUCCUGCAUCGCUCAAUGCUGAGCAUGAGAAUGAGCCGUACAAGGUUGAGGGUAUUGGCUAUGACUUUAUCCCUCAAGUUCUCGAUCAGUCUGCAGUUGAUAAGUGGUACAAGACAGAGGAUAAGGAGUCUUUUCAAUAUGCUCGACGACUGAUUGCCGAGGAGGGUCUUUUGGUUGGAGGUAGCAGUGGAAGCGCUAUUGCUGCCUUGGUCAAAGCACAUCAAGACAACGUAUUCUCCAAGGAUGAUGUUGUCGUGGUGGUUUUCCCUGAUAGUAUCCGCAGCUAUCUCACCAAGUUUGCGGAUGAUGACUGGCUGGCUGCCAAUGAUCUUCUUCCUUCCGUUCCAAGCGAACUUUCAACAAUCACAUCCGAGACCCCUAUAACCCGCGAACAGAAAGAUGUCUUCGCUAACGGUCGAGUCCGCUCACUGAGACUCAAGCCUGUGACCACAGUGCGAGCGAAUGACUCCUGUCAGGCAGCAAUUGAACUCAUGCGAGAGAAGGGAUUUGACCAGCUACCCGUCCUUACAGCUGACGGCAAGAAACUUGCCGGUCUUGUCACAUUGGGUAAUGUCUUGAGCUGGAUUUCUCGCGGCCGUGCUGCCGGCAGGAGUCCCGUAUCAGAUGUCAUGUUUGACUUUUCGAAGUUACCCGAAGUCGUGACCGAUCCCAGGGAUAUCGGCGCUUCCUUACAGGCCGCUUCCAAUAAAACAGACGGUCAAGGAGCACAGGCUGCACCCACCAAGAAUCGCAAUAAGUUCUUUGAGAUUACAUGGGAUACCCCUCUCAGCGUACUCAACCGCUUCUUUGAGUGGAAUAGUGCUGCUAUCGUCACUGAACGUGACGAGCAAGGGACAAUCAAGCCUGUUGCAGUAGCCACCAAGGUUGAUUUGCUUACUUGGUUGUUACAUCAGAGCAAUAACAAGUCCUAG